UACAGUCUCCACAGAUCAUACUUCCACCAUAUUCCCAUGAUUUCACGGCGUAUUUUCCGAAGGCGCUGGUUUCUAGCUCUGGUUUUGGGCGCUUCUCUUCUAUAUUUCCUCGUUUCCGUCUUCAAACAGUCCGAACAGUCUGUUGUGAAAGACACCGGAGACUACAAACCUCCCGAGUUUGACUUCCGGAGAAAGAUCAGCUGGAAGCCGAGAUUCCAGGCGCGGAAUCUCGCCAACAAGACCGACACCAACUGCAGGAACUCAGUACAGGGGAAGGAGAUCAUCGCAGACGAGAGAGGUUUUGUAUGUGACAGAGAAGAUAUCCUGGUGGGAGGCUGCUGUGAUGUGACGUCCCUCACCACUCGACGUUUUACCUGUGCCAGCUGUCAGGACAGCGGCUGUUGUCAGGUCUACGAGCACUGUGUGUCCUGCUGUCUGCAGCCAGAAAAGCAACCGUUGUUACGGAGUUUGUUGGACCACGUCCCCGAUGCCUUCAGGACUCUGUUUGCCUCCGUGACGGACCAUUUUGAGCUGUGUCUGGCCAAGUGUCGCACCUCCUCACAGAGCGUGCAGCAUGAGAAUUCAUAUCGCGACCCCAAAGCCAAGUACUGUUACGGCGCCGACCCUCCACAACUCCGCCCAGCCAGAUAGCCCCGGCCUCUUACCUUAGCUACAUGUAGUUACACCAGACAUCUACAUGUACAUGUACUAGGACUCAGUCAGUGUUUAUGGCAUACUGUGUUUCAUACCGGACUCAGCUAGUGUUUUAACUCUACUUGUGGUCAUUUUUUGUGCUCUGAAAGUUGAUGUUACAGUCAUUUUUUUAUAUAACCUUUCUCAAAGUAAGGAUCAAAAGUUUCCUACAGUAUUGUAAAAGUAAAGUGUAGGCAAGAUUUUUUUAGGAGACUGUUCUGAUUUUGUCCGUGUGUGUAUUUUUUUGGCGAUGGCUCAGGGGCGGAGUGUUUUUGUGUGUACAUACUUUGGGGACUGUUGAACUACCUCCAUGGAGCUGUAUUUUUGGACUGGACGUCCCGGAGAGAGGGCCAGACAUUCCUGAGAAAAAGGGCAGCGAAUGUUAGCUGACUAGAGUCAUUCCUACAUUACUGUCAGGCGAAAGUCUCCAUGUCGAAGUCUGUAUGUAUGUAUAGUGAGAUUUGGCAAUAAAGUCCUUUCAUCUGU